CAGCGUAAAUGAGCCGAUUAGGCUUCCUACAACCUCUUUGCAUCGUUACUAGAUACCAUCUAAUUCUGCGCACGUAGGACGGCGAGUUAUCUACGGCUAUGGAAGCCGCUGGAUUGGGCAUCGGUGUCGUAGGGCUAGCUGGCUUGUUCGGCACCGUUCGGGAUAUCCACGAGGCGGUCAACUCUUAUAAGGAGUUUGAUCUCGAGUCACGGCCUCAUUUCGUCCAGCGCGACGCUGCUAAGGCUUCCUACCAGCAAUGGAGUGAGAGUGUGGGAUAUGACCAAGGCGAGCUUAAGGACAACCACCACAAGGCUCUCGAUAGCCCCGCGGUGCUCUCUAUCGUUCGCGAGAUCGUACAAUGCAUUCACGAGAUCGACGGCGACGCAGGGAAUAACGCGUCACAUAUAUCGUCUCAGUCUCGCCCGGCAGAUCCGGCGUCCCGGGACCCGCAUAGUCGCCGUAAAAAACCGGUACAACUUGAAAAGUUCCAAGGAUCGGCAUCACGAAGGACCAAGCUUGCCUGGGCUUUGGGUGGCAAGGAAAAGAUAUCGAACCAGACCGAACUUGUCGCCGCCUUGCUCCAGUAUCUCCGUGAAUUGGUUCCGCCUCAACAACCAAGCGACACAGGUCAUACGCAAAUCGGUCCAGAGGCCCAUGCAAUAGAAACUUUGUCUUCACGACUUCAACAAACUAUAAGGAUGCUCGAAGACAACGAAGAGAAACGUAGAAUCGACGAUUUCAAAAGAGGCUUAGCUUCUUGGUUGGGAACCACUUGGACAACCACCAUGUACGAUACCUUCAUCCAGAGGCGACUGCACGAUACCUGCGACUGGAUCUUCGAACGCUCCGAAUUUCGUAAUUGGGAGGCUACAGAUUCGUCGGGAAUUGCCAAGGUUUUGUGGAUCCACGGGCCCGCCGGAUACGGCAAGACGAUCUUGUGCGCAAGAGUGGUUGAACAUCUAGCAGCCCACUUUCCACUUGCCUAUUACUUCUUUUCGUCUGACUCCGACAGCCGUGCGGACCCCUUGGUUAUUGUACGGUCCUGGAUUUCCCAGAGGAUUUCUCAAGAUCAACAAGCGUUCGCAUUGGCGCGCGGACGAUGGGAGGCCACCGAGGGACGACCCGCAUCGCAGGUCGAAAUCAUGGAGCUGUUCACGUUAAUCGCUCAAAGCACGCCAAACUGCAUUUUUAUUGUCGAUGGUCUUGAUGAGUGCGCUGGGGCCGGGCACGACGGGAAAGCAGAUCACUGGAGUUCUCUCAUAGGAUUCUUGACGUCUCUUAAGCAGGCCGUUUCUAACGUCAAAUCGCGACUGAUUGUCGUUAGUCGCAAUGAACCCGAUAUUAGAGAUGGCCUGCGUGCAGAAGUAAGUGGUGCCAAUUGGGACUUGGUCGAGUGUUGUAUAGGCCCCGACGAUGUUCGGCCCGACGCUACCCUAUUCUCGCAAAGCAUAGUCGACCAAAAAUUAAGGAACAAAAGCCAGGCCCAACGGGAAGAUCUUGCACGGAAGAUGGUCGAUCGGUCCGAGUCGAUGUUCCUAUGGAUUAAAAUGCUAGACGGGCAGCUACGGGGUGGGAAAGGGCAGGGACAGCUACAGCGAGCAGUCGAGCAAGCACCUACGAACUUGGGUAGUCUUUACGAUCGAAACUGGAGAAGAAUCACGGAGCUACCUGAUGCCGAUAGAGACCGAGCAAUGGCGAUUAUCAGAUGGGCUACAUUCGCCUUGCGUCCGAUGACGAUUCUCGAGAUCACCAACGCACUACUUCUUGUUGACGCAGAAUGCGAUGACCUAUUGGAAGAGCUUCCGGAUGCAAUUGACAACGAAUAUAUCGCAACCGAGAUCUUAGAUCUUUGCGCAUCUCUGAUCGAAACUCGAGGAACAAGCUCGGAUCCCGCGGCGCUAACCAUCCACCUAACCCAUUUUUCCGUCAGACAAUAUAUCCUUUGCUGUAUGCCGGCUCCUGGAGACGAGUUACUCCCAAACGAGCAGUUACGAGCCGGAAACGAGAAAGUGCAAAGCAACGUUCUGGCUAUAAUAUGCUUGCGUUACUUAACAAAUUACAAUGAAGUAUGGGAAGAGUCAUGGGAAGAGUCACGGCAAGGAGAAAAGAGUCGUAUGAUCCGAGCAUUUCGGCAAUAUGCGACAGAUUCGUGGUAUCGACAUACCGAACGCAGCGCUUUUAACUUCAAAGGGGUGAUUGAACAUGCCAAUGCUUUCUUCGACCCGUCUUGUACCAAAUGGGAAGGGUGGAGGAAAUUAGGCGAUCCUAGCUUACAGGACGAUAUGUUGCAAUAUCAAGGCAAUAUUCAAUCAGGAAGUCGACUAUUCUACGCGUCGUUGCUUGGUAUGCUAGAAACAAUGACAUACCUGAUAGAAAAUGCUGGGCUAGACAUAGACCAUAUUGAUGGAUCUAAUCGCACAGCGUUGCUCGCAGCAGCGAGUAAAAGUUGGAGUUUGGGAAUCAUACGUCUUCUAGAACAAGGGGCGAACCCGGAUAUUGCAAGCAACGAAGGGAGAACGCCUGUAUACGUUGCUGCAAGAAAUGGCCAUCUCGAAGUGGUUCGACUACUACUCGAGAAAAGAGCUGAUCUUACAGUUCCAAAUAAUAACGGAUGGACGCCACUGAACUCGGCUUCAAAUAAUGGCCACCUCGAAGUGGUUCGACUGCUACUUGAGAAAGGAGCUGAUCUUGCAGUUCCAAGUAAUGACGGAUGGACGCCAAUUUAUGCGGCUUCUUUUAAGGGCCACCUCGAAGUGGUUCGACUGCUACUCGAGAAAGGAGCUGAUCUUGCAGUUCCAAGUAAUGACGGAUGGACGCCAAUUUAUGCGGCUUCUUCUAAGGGUCACCUCGAAGUGGUUCGACUGCUACUUGAGAAAGGAGCUGAUCCUGCAGUUCCAAUAAUGACGGAUGGACGCCACUAAACUCGGCUUCAGAUUCGGGCCACCUCGAAGUGGUUCGACUGCUACUUGAGAAAGGAGCUGAUCUCGCAGUUGUCAAUAAUGACGGAUGGACGCCACUAAACUCGGCUUCUUUUAAGGGCCACCUCGAAGUGGUUCGACUGCU